CCUCUCCCUCGUGACUUGUGUGAGUUGUUGAAGCUUCAACCGUUUUGGUUAUGGCUUCAACAGACAUCAGAGGCAUUUUGACAGCUUUCAAUCCUUCUCUCGAUUUGUUCGCUAUCACCACUGGAGACGGUCGCGUCAAGAUAUGGGAUACACUGAAAGGUCAGGUUCAGACUGAGUUUGCAGAUAUUACUUCAACUGAUACAACAACAACAACUAUAUAUGAUAGGUCCAUUAAGGGCCAUCUUUCAGUAGAUUAUACAUGCAUCAAGUGGUUGUCUUUCGAAAGAAAGAGGAAAAGGAAGCAUGUGUCCUCAUUGUUAGUGCUUGGAACGGGUAGUGGUGAUGUUUUAGCACUCGACGUGUCUGCUGGUCAAUUGAGUUGGAGAAUUAGUGACUGUCAUCCCGGAGGUGUGAGAGGCAUUUCGUCUUCGGCGAAUGGAUCAAGCAUUUAUACUGCAGGUGCAGAUGGGAUGAUAUGCACGAUAGAUUUCAUCACCGGAAACCUGUUGGAGAAAUUUAAAGCUUCUACAAAGGCAGUGUCCUGUAUGUCUGUUUCUCCGGAUGGGAAGACGUUAGCUACUGCAGCAGCGCAAUUGAAGAUUUUUAACUGUUCCACUCACAAAAAGAUUCAAAAGUUCUCUGGUCAUCCUGGAUCUGUUCGGUGCAUGGUCUUCACUGAAGAUGGCAAAUAUAUCCUCUCGUCUGCUGUUGGUGAAAGAUAUGUUGCUAUUUGGAGGAUAGAUGGAGCUAAAAAGCAGUCAGCUAGCUGUGUUCUUGCAAUGGAGCACCCUGCCGUCUUUCUUGAUAGCAGGUGCAUUGAUACCGGGGAACAUGAUGAGGCUGGGAUAUGUGUUUUGGCCAUCUCAGAAGUUGGUCUUUGUUAUUUAUGGUUUGGAAAUAGCAUUGAAGAACUGCGUAAUGCAAAGCCCACAAAAAUAUCAUUAUCGUUAGAAGACAUGUCCUCUAGAAAUUACAAGGGAGCACUGCCUGCAAUAUAUGCUGCAAAAUUACAAGGCAUCCAGAAGCCAGCCUCUGGGCAGGUUUUUCUUGUUUCUGGAUUGCUUGUAAAACCAUCAUUUAAAAAAAUUCUAGUGCAUUCCGGUACAGAUGUAAAGUUGAAUGUCUCCCAUGAUGGUGUUCUUCUUCCAAUGAGUCAAUCUUUUGUCAAAUCUAAGAAGGGGACAGGUGUACAGAGAGUUACUGCACUAGACCGUGCUAAUGCUGAGGAUGCCUUGCUUCCAAUUCCUAAGGUUUUUGAUUCUCAUGAGAAAGAGAAAGCAUUUCAAGACUCUUCGGACAAGCAUGUUAUAGAUGAUUUGCGUACAACUAGUAAAGCUGAUUCUCUUGAGAUAGAAGAUGAUAUGGUCCAAAGUGAGACUGAUGUAAUUUGCAUGGAGGACCGGCUGAGGUCACUAGGGAUGCUUGACAUUGAAAGUGACUCUGCAUCAAACUUUGAACUUUGUUCUACAUUGUUGAAGGGUAUUGAUCUGGAAGCUGCUAUUUCAGUGAAAAAGAUAAGAGCAGCUGUUUUGUCUAUGGCUCCAAGCGAAGCAUUCAAGCUACUGGAAGUGUUGCUUGCUGUAUGGCAAUCAAGGUCAUCCAGUGGAAAGUAUGUUCUUCCAUGGAUAUAUAGCAUUUUAGUGAAUCAUGGUCACAAUGUCAUUGCUCAAGAAUCUGUGACAAGUAUGCUUGAUUCCUUAUACAAGAUUACCAAUUAUAGAGGGUAUACUCUUCAGCCUUUAUUGCAAUUAUCAGGUCGUCUGCAACUGGUGACAUCACAGAUUGACAAGGCUUCUCAGACAAUAAGUCAUUCGUUGCAUGAUCUCCAAAUGGAAGAAAGUGGAGAUGAGGAUGAAUAUUAUCAUGAGGAAGAAGAUUACGCAUCUGAAAUAAGUAGCGAUGAUGGAAGCUAGUCUGACUUUUAAUUAGAGAUUGAGUUCCCAGUUUUCCCUUUUGCGGCUGAAAAAGAUUUAGAGGAAUAGAUGCUGGAUUUUGACAGGCUUUUUGUUCACAAUUUUAUUGCUAUAUAGGUAGUAAAUUUCUCCGGAUUUUUUAAAAAUGACUCAGUCCCUAAAUUAUGUAAUUUGUUUUUUUUACUGAUACGUAAAACUACAUAAAUAUAACCCAAGCAUAUUUGCUACAUGCUUGAAGACCUGCUCAAACACUGCAAUUCUUAAGAAUGUCUCCACCAGAUCAACAACAGCUUUGUUUUCUUGAUAGCAGCUUUGCAUACCAAAAGUGACCUACAUGUAGCAAAUUAAUUGUCAGAUAUCGUUUUGGCUAUAUUUACGGAUAUAAAAUUAUAUAGUCUA